CCAGGAAUGGGGGGGGGGGUGAGCCCCGUCCCAACCUCCCUUCUUCUCCCGGAAGUGGAGCUUCCACUCCGGAUUGCUGCUCUGCUCCGUAGCUCUAGGGGGGGCGCUUUCGGAAAGGGGAGGGAGGAGGCAGAGGACCCCCCCCCGUGGAUGUUGCAGAAAAGGAAAGGAGAAUCGGGAGGGAGGACAAAGAGGUAAAGGGGUCGCCGGGGGGGGGGAGAGGGGGGUAAGGACCCAGAGACCCCCGCCAGCUCCCCCAAGCGCCUUCCGUGGGGCCUGGAUCCCGGCACGCGUGCUGCGAAGGGGCGGACAUGGGGCGCCCACCCACGAGGACUCCCUGGCCCCGUUUCCCCCGCGCAGGCAUCCCUGGGGGGCGGAUAGAAGCGGGCCAGGAAAGGGUUAAGGGGUGCGGGAGGCGCCGGGAUAGAGACCCCCCUGUCCCUCCCCAUGUCGUCUUGGGGGCCCCCUCCGAAUGGAGAGAUGGGGGCGCAUGGCGAGGGGUGAGCCAAGGGGGCCCUAGGGGGGGCCAAGAGCGGGGGUAGGAGGGGGCACCCCCGGGAAAAGGAAGCGCAGCAUAGGAGGGGGGAGAUAGCCGGAGGGGCCGCCUUGGCUUCUCGCUCCCGCCCAGGAAUCGGGCACCCCCUCAAGGCGACCAGAGAGGGAUCCCUGGAAAGUGGGGGUCCUGUCCCCCCACCCUUCCUUCCUUCACCCCAUAAUCCCCUGCCCUGUCCAGACGCAGCAAUUCUGCCCAGUCCAGCCAUUGGUCCCCUGGAGAGGAGAGGAAAUCCCGAGAGGAAGGGGGGAGGGGGGAGGCCUUCUCAGAAGCGGCUCUAUGUUUCCGCAAUCCCACCCAGGAAGCAGCCAGAAACCUUUUCCUCUCUCUCAGGCUUCCAUCUUUAUUGUCUUUUCCACUGAGGAAGAGGAUAAUGUACACCUGUCAUCAGAAACAGGGGUGCAGAGUUCAUGGAAUGGCUCUCAGGGCUGAUACAGAAGUUGCACCUCAAAAGCAUUUCUGUUCCUCUUAUUCUUUGUAGGCAGUGUCAGAGUGACUGACAAGCUGAGAUACAAUCCAUCAGCAUCCGACAACAACGACUACAUGAAUCUUCCCAGUCAAAGGACCCAUUUUCAUGAUAGACAGUGCCUGUGGCUGGAGGCUCUACACACCGGGUGUGCCUGUGCAGGCCAAAGACUGCCAGUAUUAGCACAGGUAAGGUGUGUGACCUUCUCAAAUGUACAGACUGUAUGUGAAUGAGAGUUAGUGGGUGGGAUUAUAGUUUACAGCAACCCUGUGAUUAUCUCCACCCAUAACAUUUUGCGAGCUGAUAUUGCAGUAUGAAUUCCAAAAUAACUGCAAAAAAUCACAUGAUAAUAAUAAUAAUAAUAGUACAGUGGUACCUCGGGUUAAGAACUGAAUUCGUUCUGCAGCUCCGUUCUUAAUCUGAAACUGUUCUUAACCUGAAGCACCACUUUAGCUAAUGGGUCCUGCUGCUGCCGCCGUGCGAUUUCUGUUCACAUCCUGAAGCAAAGUUCUUAACAAAAGGUACUAUUUCUGGGUUAGCAGAGUCAUAGAAUCAUAGAAUCAUAGAGUUGGAAGAGACCACAAGGGCCAUCGAGUCCAACCCCCUGCCAAGCAGGAAACACCAUCAGAGCACUCCUGACAUAUGGUUGUCAAGCCUCUGCUUAAAGACCUCCAAAGAAGGAGACUCCACCACACUCCUUGGCAGCAAAUUCCACUGUCGAACAGCUCUUACUGUCAGGAAGUUCUUCCUAAUGUUUAGGUGGAAUCUUCUUUCUUGUAGUUUGGAUCCAUUGCUCUGUGUCCGCUUCUCUGGAGCAGCAGAAAACAACCUUUCUCCCUCCUCUAUGUGACAUCCUUUUCUAUAUUUGAACAUGGCUAUCAUAUCACCCCUUAACCUCCUCUUCUCCAGGCUAAACAUGCCCAGCUCUCUUAGCCGUUCCUCAUAAGGCAUCGUUUCCAGGCCUUUGACCAUUUUGGUUGCCCUCCUCUGGACACGUUCCAGUUUGUCAAUGUCCUUCUUGAACUGUGGUGCCCUGUAACCUGAAGCACCUGUAACCCGAGGUACCACUCUAGACGUUAUAGUAUUAGUAUUUUCCCCCAGCCACUCUGGGCAGCUUACAGUACAUAUAGGUAAAGGUAUAGGGACCCCUGACCAUUAGGUCCAGUCGUGGCUGACUGUGGGGUUGCAGCGCUCAUCUCGCUUUACUGGCCGAGGGAAACGCCGUCUACCUUCCUGCCGGAGCGGGACCUAUUUAUCUACAUGCACUUUGACAUGCUUUCGAACUGCUAGGUUGGCAGGAGCAGGGACCGAGCAACAGGAGCUCACCCUGUCACGGGGAUUCGAACCGCCAACCUUCUGAUCGGCAAGCCCUAGGCUCUGUGGUUUAACCCACAGCACUACCCGCAUCCCUACAGUACAUAUACAAGACAGUAAAACAUCAAACUUUAAAAACCUCCUGAUACAGCUGUCUUCUAAAUGUCAGAUGGUUGCCUACCUCCUUGCCCUCUGAAGGGAGGGCAUUCCAUGGGGCAGGAGGCCCUCUGCCUGGUUCCCUGGAACUUCACUUCUAACAGCAAGGGAACCAGCAGAAGACCCUCGGAGGCGGACCUCCCUGUCCGGACUGAGCGAUGGGGGUGAAGAUGCUCCUUCAGGUCCACAGGGCCGAGGUUGAGGAGGGCUUUAGGCUGCAGAUCUUGCUCCUCCAUAAUGAUCGAAGACAGAUAAGCAUGACAGGACCCAAAAAAUAGCAAAAAUGUAACUCACAGUAAAACCCUGACUUAGCAAACCAAAACAUCACUCAAGUAAGAAACAGACAAGCAGAGUAGAGUAAUAUCAGAAUAGGAAGUGGGAGCAAGCGCAUUUCAAUACUGUAAUUUAUAUAUAGUUCAAUGUCAGAGAAACCCUGGGACUAGAUAACAAGCCUCCAGGUGGACGUGCCCCAUCUGCCCUUCACGUUCCUCUUCAGCACGGGCAGAAUCUGCCUUCUGGACUGUGGGAUUCACGGUUGUUCUCCUCCUCUCCAUCCACCAGGGCUUGACUUCAGGUGCAGCAGAAUUCCCCAGCCCCCCAAGGAUUUGAGACCCAUCAGCUUUCCUCACCUGGUUUAGCCGGCCGGUUGAAGCCGUUCUUUGAACCCCUGUUGCAUGCUGACAGCUUCUGGAAGCCACAGGUGAGAGCUGAGUGCAGGGUGGGCACCAAGGGUGGAAAAAUGACCCCAGAAGGUGCAGGACAUGUCCCCCACCCAAGGAACUACUGCUCCCCAACACCCCAUGACAUCUAAAUGCAGGUAGGUAGCCGUGUUGGUCUGACACAGUUGAAAUAAAAAAUUAAAAAAUAGUCCAGUAGGACCUUAGGGACCAACUAUGAUUGUUCUAGGUAUAAGCUUUUGUGUGCAUGCACACUUCUUCAGAUACACUGACACAGAUGUCACCAGACCCUUGUAUAUCGUGGGAGGGUGGGGUGGGGUUUUUCUCAGAAGGUACUCCUACUACCAUCUCCUACUACCCUUCACUAUAUGAGGAAGUGUGCAUGCUCACGAAAGCUUAUACCUAGAAGAAACUUAGUUGGUCCCUAAGGUGCUACUGGACUAUUCUUUUUUACUUCAGCUGUGUCAGACCAACACGGCCAUCUACGAUUAAGUACAGUUAUGUCCUGCUUUUCAGUGUCACUUUAGGAUAGUCAGAAGACGGGGUCGAGAUCAGGCAGCACGUCAUCGUUAUAAAGAACCAUUGGGGUGGGUGUUUCCGCCUGGGAUUCCCAUUUGCCAUCUGCUUUCCUUCUGCUUCUCCUGCUCUCUCCAUGCAAUGUGAGGCAUGUAGAUGGAGGUCCAUCUCCAAGAACAGGAGCUUCCCUGAGCACCCAUUCAGCUGACCCCAAGCACCAAGCCUUGUCACUAGUUCUCUGAUUGACCUAGACCACAGUCCCUGGAAAGGAUGUAGACCUGGGUCUUACAUAAUGGUCCACAUGGACCUCCUGAGGUCAGUGGGACUGUGCAGGUGAUUCAUGAAGAUCUAGAGGUGGAAACGGGGGCAACCACUUGAUUUGAAAGGCAUUCUCGGAAUAAAAAUUCUUCCGGUUUCUUGCUAAAUGUAGUUUUUAUCAAUCUCUUUAUCUCUUCAUAAAUCAUGUUCCAAAAACUUUGUAUCUCUAGACAGGACCACCACAUAUGGUAGUAUGUUCCUAUCUGUUCCUUACAUCGCCAGCACUUGUUAUUAUUUGAUUUAUUUAUUUUUGCAAGUUUUACAGGGGUCAGGUACCACCUAUAGUACAUUUUCAUAAGAUUUUCCCUUAUCACGAAACAAUCAGCCCAUUCCCCACAGUCCCAUUCCCCACAGUCAACACUGUAAUCCAGAAAGUAUUUAAAAGCAUGUUUCAAAGUCCUUCCAAAAUUAAGAGCCCUCACAACUCCAGACCCCCCCUGGUCCACUCCAGAUUCAAACUUCAAGAACAGCGGCUUAUACUCCUGCAAGGCCUCGGAUCUCUCCAUUUGUGUUACUUGAGGUUCAACAGCAACCUCCUCCAUUUUCUUCUGCACUUGCGCUUGCCCUGUCAAAACAGGUUCCUGGGCUGGUUCCUGAAUGGUUUCUAUAUGGGUAUUCGCCGUUUGUCCAAAGUUUUUAACUGCAACAGUCAUCAAAUCCAUCUUCUCAUGCAUCUGCUCCAGCAAAGCACUUGUCUUGCAAAAAGCAAGCACCAAGACUUCUUGUAAACACAUUUUUAUUCAAGGUUAGAGUCUGGUCUCACGAUCCUAAUCUUACAGCUGUGAGGUCCCCAGAUCGACUCCGGCAACAAAUUAACAAGCUCCCUCUAGAGGAGACAAUUUCUAUUUGUAUCCAUCUUUUGAAAGCAGGACCAACAAAGGAUAAUUACUUUCACUUUUCAAAUACUUUAUUUCUUUUGAUUGCAAGAAGCAACAUUGGAGUCAAUUUGUUUCUCUUUUUUUUUACUAUCUGUCAAAAGACGUUCCAUUCACAGUCGAUGAACUUCCCCAUAAAUUUCUGUCUCUGACACCCCGUUCCCAGGUUUGAGACGGUAGAAAUUUAUCUUUCUUUACUCUCUCUCCUGCAGGCUUAAACAGUCAAAAAUCCCCCUCUUUUCUCCUGCUUCCAAGAGGGGUUUUGGUGGUAAUAAAUGAAGGAAAUUUAGAACUUUAUAUACGACUUUCCAGACUUUAGCUUACAAAGUUUUUGCUUCAAUCUAUUUGCAAAAAACGGGAGGCGGACUUCCUGUUUAGAGCCUUCCCAUUUCAGUGCCAAAUGAAAAUGUUUCUUAAUCCAAUUUUCCGUUCUACUCACGGGUACUUGUUUAGAGUCCAAUUGUCCACAGGAAAAAGUCAGCGCUCUCUGGCAGCGGCUGUGCGGCUUCACUCCGUAAAAGUAGUGGUUGAUUCAAAACACCGCGCCACUCACCCCACGUCGCUUUGGAUCCCCGAAAAAGGGUUUCCCUGCGAGUAGGGGAGGCGCUCCUGGUGUCAGCCGAAUCCCACGUUCCCCGGCUUCCUCCGCCUGGGAUUUUUAAAGGGUCUCCGCCCUCGCCGCGGUGGCAAGACCCGAUUUUCACAGAGCGGGUUCCUCUCGGUCAGAGGAACUCCGCCAUUGCCGAUGGCGCUGACCCGGAAGUCGAAUUUUAUAUUUUUAGUCCAUAAUUCGUUCCAAAUAUUGGGUUUGAUCGUAUGUCCCAGGUCCCUCUCCCAUUUUACUGUAAUUUCUUUGAUAUCUUCCUCCUUUCUUUGCCAAUUCAAAAGUAGUUUGUACAUUUUAGAAAGUGUCUUUUGAUUAUUAUAUCCUUCUCCAGAUAGGAUAUUUUUUUGUCAAAUCCUUUGGUUCUUUUAUCCUUUUCAAGGGCGGCUUUUAAUUGAUAAUACUCCAGCCACGUUAUUCCCUUCUGUUUCAAUUCACUUAGGCCCUUUAUUUUCGGAUCACUACUUGUUUCCUCUACUAAAUCCUUAUAUGUUAGCCAAUCGCUGUUCAUAUUCAUCCUGUGAACUGACAUAGAUUCCAUUGGUGACAGCCACCAUGGUGUUUUGGUUACUACUGAUUUUUUACUCCUCUCCCAUACUUCAUAUAAUGCCCUUCUCACAAUGUGAUUUAAAAAUCCUUUGCGGGAUUUAACCUUGUCAUAGCCUAUGUAGCCAUGCCACCCGUACACAAUAUCCCAUCCCUCCAGAUCUACUUCCGUGUUUUUAAUUAAUAUCCAGCCCUUAAUCCAUGUCCAACACACUGCCUCAAAGUACAGUUUAAGGUCAGGGACCGUGAAGCCUCCUUUUUCCUUCAACUCUGUUAGUAGCUUAAAUUUUAUGCGUGGUUUUUCCCCUUGCCAAAUAAACUUGGCAAGGUCUUUCUGCCAAUCCUUAAAACACUUUACGCCUCUAAUUAUAGGUAUUGUUUGGAACAUAAAAAUCAUCUUUGGCAAUACCAUCAUUUUAACUGUGGAUAUUCUCCCCCACCGGGAUAAAUGCAAUUUUCCCCAAGUUUCUAAUUCUUUUUUUAUUUCCUUCCACUUCUUCUCAUAAUUGUCCUUAUAUAUGUUUAUAUUCUUAUUGGUGAUCCAAACCCCCAAAUAAUUUACCUUAUUGGCUACCUUUAAACCUGUUGUAUUUUCCAGUUCCUCUUGUUCCAACUUACGUAAAUUUUUCAUUAAUAAUUUGGAUUUUCCUUUAUUCAGUUUGAACCCAGAGACUUUCCCAAAUUCUUCCAGUUGUGCAAGCGUUUUUUGGAUACUUUCCACUGGAUUUUCAGUGGUUACGAUUACAUCAUCGGCAAAGGCUUUAAUUUUGUAGUAUCGAGUUCCUAGGUUAAUUCCUCUUAUAUUUUUAUCCUUUCUUAUUGCUAUUAAAAGUGGUUCCAAGGUGGCAAUAAAAAGAAGUGGGGAGAGAGGGCACCCCUGUCGUGGCCCCCCUUUCGAUGCUGAACUCUUCGGUGAUCUCGUUAUUUAUUAGCAAUUUUGCUUUUUGGUUAUCAUAUAUCGCCCUAAUUCCAUUAAUUAUUUUCUCCAGACCUUUGAAAGUUUCCAAUAGGAAAUUCCAUGAUACUCUAUCAAAAGCUUUUUCUGCAUCAACCAAUAACAUGGCCAUCUUUUUACUUGGUUUCAUUUCCACAUAUUCCAACAGGUCAAUUAUUAUUCUUGUAUUGUCUUUUAUAUGUCUAUCCGGUAAGAAGCCCGCCUGGUCUCUGCUGAUUAUUUUGUUUAGAGUCUUUUUUAAUCUAUUAGCCAUCACCCCAGCAUAGAUUUUAUAGUCUGUAUUCAACAGGGAGAUUGGUCUAUAAUUUUUCAUGUCUGUCAACUCCACUCCCUGUUUUGGGAUUAGAGUGAUCAGUGCUUCUUUCCAUUAUUGUGGUAUAUCUUUCCCUCCCAGUAUAUUAUUCAUUAUUCUUUGUAAUAUAGGGAGGAUUACUUCUUCCAGGUUCUUAUAGUACAUUAAUGUGAUUCCGUCAAGACCUGGCGAUUUGCAACUCUUCAUUUUUUUUUAUUACUUGUGCCAUUUCAUCUGUUCCUAUAUUGGAGUUUAGGGCCUCAACUUCUUCUUUUUCAAUUCUUGGUAAUUUAUUUUGUGGUAAAUACUCUUCCAUUUUAUUAACCUCUAAAUGUUCUUGUUUAUACAAAUCUUUAUAAAAGUUUAAGAAUUUUAUUUUUAUUUUUACUGGGUCUGUUAUUUCCUCUCCUUGGUCCAAAAUUUUAUUGAUAACUUUUUUUGUUUGCUUUUCCUUUAUCAUCCAUGCUAACAACUUACCGGGCUUAUUGGCGGACUCAAAAUACCUUUGUUUUCCCCAUUUAAUUUUAUUUUCUACUUCCUUAUUUAAUAUACUAGAGAUAUGGGAUUGCAAUAUCUUUAUUUUUUGUAAUAUUUCAUGACUUUUUGGAUUUUUGAUCAACUCUUUUUCAUUAAUUCUUAUCUGUUUAGUUAGCUCUUGGAUAUUAUUGUCUUUUAUCUUCUUCAGCCUAGCCAUUUGUUGUAUUCCAAGACCCCUCAUGUACGCUUUACUAAACUACAUUUAUGUCUGCAUUUUGUUUCCCAUUUAUCUCGAAAAAUUCCGCUAACUUGAUUUUUGCUUGCGUCACCCAUUGGUCGUCUCUCCAUAUAAUUUUUACUAGGAAUGGUUUCAGAUAAUAUUCCCAAAAACAAAACUAGGCUAUUUAUGUACGCAACGUCAGCAGCAAGGGUUGUAGUGGCAAAACACUGGAAAGAUAAAAAUAUACCCACUAAAGAGGAAUGGGUAGUCAAAUUGUGCGAGUACUUGGAGCUCGCAAAGCUGACAGAUGCAAUAAGAGAUAAACCUUAAAAAUGGUGAAAGAAGAAUGGGAAUAUUUAAAUAAUUAUGUAGGGGACAAGGGCUCAACAAGAAAGACCUGGCUAUGUUUAGAAUGAUACCGCAUAGAGAAAUGCUCCCUGAUACCAAGAUGAGGGAUUCCUUUGGAAUGCAGAUAGAGAGAAUUGAUAAGAAUAAUGAUCUGUUGUGAGCUUGACGGAAGUGUACAAUAGAUGAGCUUUCCUGCUUUGGCUCAUUUUUCUUUUUCUUUUUCUCUUUUUCUUUUUUCUUUUUCUUUUUUCUUUUAUCUUUCCCAUAGUUGCUUUUGUUCUGUGUCAUGUACCUCAAUAUUUUUUGUAGUCUUUUUUCUUUUUUUUUCAUUACUAUUAAGGAAUUUUCCUUUGUAAUUUUGGUUGUUUAUAUUUCUAAGUACCUGUUUACAUGUACCUGUUUAAAGCAAAAUAAAAGUUUAAAAAAAAAAGAGAAGAAGAAAAAAGAAAGAAAGGCAGUCUCAGAGGACAACGGUAUACUAAGAUCAUUCUGUGUUAUUAAAGAUGAUUGAGGAUUAUGAAAGGUUGCUGAUGCAUUACUACCAUUUGACAUCAUACCAUUUUAAUUUCCUAAAAAUUGGGAACAUGGGUAGGACAUGGGAGAAUGUAGGAGAUGUUGAAAUACGAGAAGGUGCUAAUGGAGGUUGAUGUGUCCUUUUUUUUCUGUGUUCUCUUUCCUGAAACCCAAACAGGAUUUCCUUUCUGCCCACUCUGAAAAAGGUGAUGGAGAAGACAGAAUUGCAGGGGACAGGGCACCUUUCGUUUCAUUAGGAAUAGCCAUUAAAAUGUGUGAAAUGUGGAAUAUGCUUCACUGAAUGAGCACACAUAGUUCACAUCAACAAACACAAAAAGGAAAGAACCCACUUAAAGGUAUGGAGUGCGGAAAGAGCUUCUGUUUCAAUGCAAAACUUAGAACACACCUGCGGACUCACACAGAGAGAAAACGUUUUAAGUGCAGGGAGUGUGGGAAGAACUUCAGUCAGAGUGGAAACCUUAAAUUGCACAAACGGACUCACACAGGGGAGAAACAAUAUGAAUGCCUGGAGUGUGAAAAAAGUUUUCAUGAUAGUGGAAACCUAAGAAGACAUCAACAGACUCACACCGGGGAGAAACCAUUUAAAUGUAUCGAGUGUGGAAAGAGCUUUAGUGAUAAUGGAAGCCUUAGGAAACAUCAACGGACUCACACAGGAGAGAAACCAUAUGAAUGUAUUGAGUGUGGAAAGAGCUUUAGUGAUAAUGGAAACCUUAGGAAACAUCAACGGACUCACACAGGGGAUAAACCAUUUAAAUGUAUCGAGUGUGGAAAGAGCUUUAGUGAUAAUGGAAGCCUUAGGAAACAUCAACGGACUCACACCGGGGAGAAACCAUUUAAAUGCAUGGAGUGUGGAAAGGACUUCAGUCAGAGUGGACACCUUAGGGAACAUCAACGGACUCACACAGGGGAGAAACCAUAUAAAUGUAUGGAGUGUGGAAAGAGCUUUAGUGAUAAUGGAAGCCUUAGGAACCAUCAACGGACUCACACCGGGGAGAAACCAUUUAAAUGUAUCGAGUGUGGAAAGAGCUUUAGUGGUAAGGGAAGCCUUAGGAACCAUCAACGGACUCACACAGGGGAGAAACCAUUUAAAUGCAUGGAGUGUGGAAAGAGCUUUAGUGAUAAUGGAAGCCUUAGGAAACAUCAACGGACUCACACAGGGGAGAAACCAUUUAAAUGCAUGGAGUGUGGAAAGGACUUCAGUCAGAGUGGACACCUUAGGAAACAUCAACGGACUCACACAGGGGAGAAACCAUUUAAUUGUAUCAAAUGUGGAAAGAGUUUUAGUAAUAAUGGAAAUCUUAGAACACAUAAACGGACUCACACCGGGGAGAAACCAUUUAAAUGUAUCGAGUGUGGAAAGAGCUUUAGUGAUAAUGGAAGCCUUAGGAACCAUCAACGGACUCACACAGGGGAGAAACCAUUUAAAUGCAUGGAGUGUGGAAAGAGCUUUAGUGAUAGUGGAAGCCUUAGGAAACAUCAACGGACUCACACAGGGGAGAAACCAUAUAAAUGUAUGGAGUGUGGAAAGAGCUUUAGUGAUAAUGGAAGCCUUAGGAACCAUCAACGGACUCACACCGGGGAGAAACCAUUUAAAUGUAUCGAGUGUGGAAAGAGCUUUAGUGGUAAGGGAAGCCUUAGGAACCAUCAACGGACUCACACAGGGAGAAACCAUUUAAAUGCAUGGAGUGUGGAAAGAGCUUUAGUGAUAAUGGAAGCCUUAGGAAACAUCAACGGACUCACACAGGGGAGAAACCAUUUAAAUGCAUGGAGUGUGGAAAGGACUUCAGUCAGAGUGGACACCUUAGGAGACAUCAACGGACUCACACAGGGGAGAAACCAUUUAAUUGUAUCAAAUGUGGAAAGAGUUUUAGUAAUAAUGGAAAUCUUAGAACACAUAAACGGACUCACACCGGGGAGAAACCAUUUAAAUGUAUCGAGUGUGGAAAGAGCUUUAGUGAUAAUGGAAGCCUUAGGAACCAUCAACGGACUCACACAGGGGAGAAACCAUUUAAAUGCAUGGAGUGUGGAAAGGACUUCAGUCAGAGUGGAAACCUUAGGAACCAUCAACGGACUCACACAGGAGAGAAACCAUAUGAAUGUAUUGAGUGUGGAAAGAGCUUUAGUGAUAAUGGAAGCCUUAGGAACCAUCAACGGACUCACACAGGGGAGAAACCAUUUAAAUGCAUGGAGUGUGGAAAGGGCUUCAGUCAGAGUGGAAACCUUAGGAACCAUCAACGGACUCACACAGGGGAGAAACCAUAUAAAUGUAUGGAGUGUGGAAACAGCUUUAGUAAUAGUGGAAGCCUUAGACAACAUCAACGGACUCACACGGGGGAUAAACCAUAUAAAUGUAUCGAAUGUGGAAACAGCUUUAGUAAUAAUGGAAGCCUUAGGAACCAUCAAUGGACUCACACGGGGGAGAAACCAUUUAAAUGCAUGGAGUGUGGAAAGAGCUUCAGUCAGAGUGGAAACCUUAGAAAUCAUCAACGGACUCACACAGUGGAGAAACCAUAUAAGUGUAUCGUGUGUGGAAAGAGCUUUAGGAACAGAGGAUAUCUUAGAACACAUCAACGGACUCACACAGGGGAGAAACCAUAUAAUUGUAUCGAGUGUGAACUGUCGCCGGAAGACCCCCCCCCUUCAUUACAUUGUAAUGCACAAGCACCACACACACCUCCCAUUUCCCCAAACCGGGCGAUGCCCCUUCUAGAGGGGCAUCACCUCAGCAGAUGAUAGCCUUCCGUAAAUAAGGAAGUGUUGAUUUCCUUUAGAACGCCUUUAUUUCUAUGUAUUUUCUUCUACGUCCCGCUUUGCCCUAUCUUUAGUGUGAGUAGACCGGGCGCCUGAACUCCAGGUCAGCCGGCAGCCGUUUCAGCCAAUCAGUGUUACCGAACAGCGCCCCUUGUGGCGGCCACGCUGGUACUGCAGGCAACAGGCCCUCGCUUCUCUGUCUUUGACAGCUUCCUAAUACAAAUUUUCCGGGUUCAAUUGACCGUGACUGAUUUAAUCAAAAUGUUGCAACCACUUCCUGAGAGGUGAAAGUGCUUUGAACUUCAACAACAGUAUUCUUCAUAAAUUCACCAUAAAUCAACCAUACAUCGGAUUUUCGCCAGACCACUUUUAUUCUACUCCAUAUUACAAGGACUGUCAAAGGGGGGUGGCUUGAUGUCAGUCAGCCAUAAUCCCUUGACCGAGCAGGCACGUACUCUGCAGCCCUUCCCCAGUUGACUCAGCAACCUUGAUAGUCAUCUUGAUGGGCUCAGAAGAAGGACUAUCAAAGACACAAUGAACUGCAUACACUAGUGUAUUCAGCAUGGACUAUGACAAAGGAACUGUGACCGGAGUCCCCUCAGGGGCCAGGAAACUGCACCUUUCCCUUUGUCCUCUGGAAAAGCUUAUGGUGAGGAAGGGAGGGGGCCCCCGCCAGGUGUCAGGAUACUCGGAUUAACUGUGCGACCCCUCCCCUGACUCCUCCUGUUCUUAAUGUAGUCAUGAUGUAAAUAUGAUGUAUUUCUAGGGGUGUAACUUAGGGGAUUAGGAGCUAAUAAAAGUUGGGGUCUCCUUUUGUUCUGGGCUUCCAUCUUGCUUCACCUCGUGGGCGGUGGGAGUCCUGUCGCGAUAGUCUUUUCUUCAAUAAAGACCAAGCCUAAAGGCUGCUGAUUUGCUUCCAAUUUGCUCUGGUUGGUGUCUUUGUUUUCGUCCAAGGGAGCCCUCAGAUUCUCCGGUAACAGUUUUGGCGACCGUGCUCAGGGACACUUGGUUCUCCUGUAGAGGUGAGGAGGGAGAUAAUAAUAAUAAUAAUAAUAAUAAUAAUAAUAAUAAUUUAUUAUUUAUACCCCGCCCAUCUGGCUGGGCUUCCCCGGCCACUCUGGGCGGCUUCCAAAAGAAUAUUAAAAUACUAUAAUACAUCAAACAUUAAAAGCUUCCCGAAACAGGGCUGCCUUCAGAUGUCUUCUAAAAGCCUGGUACUUGUUGUUCUCUUUGACAUCUGGUGGGAGGGUGUUCCACAGGGAAGGCGCCACUACCGAGAAGGCCCUCUGCCUGGUUCCCUGUAACUUGGCUUCUCGCAGUGAGGGAACUGCCAGAAGGCCCUCGGCGCUGGACCUCAGUGUCCGGGUAGAACGAUGGGGGUGGAGACGCUCCUUCAGAUAUACUGGACCAAGGCCGUUUAGGGCUUUAAAGGUCAGCACCAACACUUUGAAUUGUGCUCGGAAACGUACUGGGAGCCAAUGUAGGUCUUUCAAGACCGGUGUUAUGUGGUCUCUGCGGCCGCUCCCAGUCACCAGUCUAGAUAGAGGAGAUUGGGCGCCACUGGGCAGCCUUAGCCCAGGGAUCUUUUCUCCUCUCCCUGCCUCACCUUUGCGGGCGGUAAUCAACCGUCACCGAAACCUCAACCAGGGGAAGCAAAGGCAAGGUCAAGCCGGCUAAGGGGAAAGAUCCCGGGAUCCUCGAGGGACAUCUACGAACGUGAGUAUGGUUUGAAGAAAAUACAUUGGGAGGGGGGUGGAAAGCAACGUCCCCACGACAGCCAGACCUUUUCCUCCUUCUAUCUCUGACGUUACCUCUCGGAGUCGUCCAGGAACGUCCUAAACUUUCUCUUUCUCUCCCCCUAUUUCCCUUUCGGAGCUGGGCCGGGGAAAUUGUGGAACCUUUGUUGUCUUCCGACGUUACCUCUCGGAGUCGUCCAGGAACGUCCUAAACUUUCUCUUUCUCUCCCCCUAUUUCCCUUUCGGAGCUGGGCCGGGGAAAUUGUGGAACCUUUGCUGCUUUCCGACGUUACCUCUCGGAGUCAUCCAGGAACGUCCUAAAAAAAUCUCUCCUUUUCUCCCCCGUUUUCCCUUUCGGAGCGUGGCCGGGGAAAACGCGGUACUUUGCCAUUUCUCUGUCGUCCUCCCUCGGAGUCGUCCGGAGGCGUCCCUACGAUUCUCCCUCUCUCCUUUUCUCCCCGUUUUCCCUUUCGGAGUGUGGCCGGGGGAAAACGCGGUACUUUACCAUUUCUCUGACGUCCUCCCUCGGAGUCGUCCGGAGGCGUCCAUCCAAAACUCUCCUACUCUCUCUCUCUCUCUCUCUCCCCUGAUUACGCAAAUGAAGCCGCCCCUCCUGCUCGGCGACCCUUGUUGGGGAUGACCCGGGUACGUGAGAACGCAAGGUCAUUUGCUUCCUUUCUAAACUUUGUUUUUUCUCGGACCUCGAUCUUGCACUGCAUUGCGCAGGCGUCCAGUAGGGAGCCCGAUUUUAGUCUAAAGGCUAGGCAGGAGGCUGUCGUGGAGAGCAGAGCGGGAGGUACACAAAUUGGGGCCCCACACUAGGGUUAGUCUUGUAAACAGCGCUGAGGCAAAGGAAUUCUGGAUCCGUGGUUUGCGUUUCGGGCGAGGAGACCCGUGGUUAGAGUUUCGGGCGAGGAGACCCGUGGUUAGAGUUUCGGGCGAGGAGACCCGUGGUUAGAGUUUUAGGUUCAUGUCUGAGAUUUUCCCGAAAGUAAUUUUGUGACUUACAGAUAGGUAGAAACUGGGUUAGUCAAGGGUACGUCAAGUACUAAAAGGAUAUUUUUCUCUUUUUCCCUGCCCCUCUUUUUUUCCUUUUUCCUUUUCAUUGCCCCUUCUUCCCUUGUGUGUGUGCCCACUCUUUCUGUCUUUAGUGUACUGCAAAGAAUGGGGCCCAUACUUCCAAGCAUUCAGGCUGGACUCCUCCAGGCGAUAAGGCUUCCGCGGAGCCUUUCCGCCCGAGAGAGGACUCUGAUACCCCUCUUCAAUUUGUUCUCUUAAACUGGAAAGAGUUGAGAGGGAGGAAAGGACUCUCAAAGUCCAAACUAAGGGACCUUUGCAACAUCUCGUGGGUCGCUUUUACCCACCACCUAGAGCCGGCCUCGCAAUGGCCACCUCACGGUUCCUUUAAUCUUGUGAAGAUGCAAGCACUUAAGUCGUAUCUGGCAGAUGAAAACCCCCGACAACUGUACUAUCUCAAUGCCUUCGUUGAAGCCCGUGAAUUGUUUCAACGGCAACAAACCCAAAUCGUUCGGCAAAUGGCUGUUUUAAAAACGACCAGGCCUCCUCCAUAUGAUGAGAUUAGAGCCCAGGAGGAACAAUUGGAUAGGACCCUCGUCUCUUUCUACCAUCCCGAACCACAAGCCCCCCGACCGCCUGAAUCCAGGGCAGGAGACAGAACAGGAGCCGGUGGGGGAGGCGCGGGACCCAUGGAAAACGUAACAAAUCCACCCGCCGCUGCCCCUUCCCAAGGCGCAUCAAGUACAUCGCCGCCUAACCCUUCCCCAAGUGCGUCCAAUAUAGAAGACCAAGUAGAUUCGGACCUAGGACCCCUACUUAACGGGCAACUUCUCAACGGAGAAAGAGAGGGACCCGUCUCCAGUAGAACUCGGAAUAGGGACAAUCUGCAGAACGGAGAAAUAGAGGGAGCUUUUCCCCUGAGAGCAUUACUUAUACCCCCAACCAGGGCAGGAGACCCACCCCGCAUGGUUUUUACUCACCAACCCUUCCUUACCUCGGACUUAAUGAACUGGUCCGACAAGAUGCCCUCUCUGCGGGAUGACCCCGACAAAUGUCACCGCCAGGUGGCCACCAUCUUCUCCACCCACAACCCAACGUGGGCGGAUGUACAUAUGUUGCUUGGGGCUCUUUUUAAUGAGGCAGAAAAGAGGGAAAUACUGGCAAAGGCAGGAGAAGCUUUAGCUCAGGAAGGCUAUCAACCGAACCGACCUGCCUCAAUGGCCCCACUGACCGCCCAGACGCUACUUAAUGACCCUGACUGGGACUAUAACACUGAAAAUGGCAUAUGGGGUUUAAAAAAUUUUAAGAAAGCCAUCCUAGAUGGUAUUAAAGCUGCGGGACAGCGAACCGUGAACUGGACCAAAGUCCAAGCCGUCCUUCAAGGACCUGACGAACAUCCAUCCGACUACUACUCAAGGCUAGUCUCAGCCAUUAAAACCUGGGGGGGAAUAGAUCCGGAGAGCCCGCAGCACGAAGUAAUAGUCAAGGGAUUUUUCAAAGAUCAAGCUACACCCGACAUUCGGAAAGCAUUAAACUCGCACCUGGGGUAUGAUGAAAAAACCAUAAACGAAAUCCUUUCCAUCGCUAAGUCCGUUUUCAACUCAAGGGAUGAACGGAAAAGAAAAGACCAAAAGCCCGAUCUUCCACGGGUGUUAGCCUAUGCGGCUGGGGUUCCUACCCCCAAAGAAAAAUUUAAGCCAUGGGGGCCCGAGCUACUAGAUGACCGCGUUUGUUUCAAUUGUGAUGAAGUAGGGCAUAUAAGAAGAAAUUGCCCCCUUCUGACAGGAUCCAAAAAGACCGAAUAUAGAAAUCCAAGACCGUACAGAUCAGACUACAGGGAAACCACCCACCCCAGAUAUAGGGAGUCUACUCCUCCAUACCGACCUAAUCAAUCCCCGACCCGAACGCAACCCUACGCAGAACCCCCUCCUCCACAACCACGACCACGAAAUCAACCCCACGACGCUACCAACCCCUUUAAACAGGGAGGUCGCUCCACAAAUCCAACUCAUGAGAUGGUAAUGGAAGAAUAUCAGGCACAUUGACAAUUAGAAGCAGAUCCCGCCUCCUUUUCUUUCCUCUGCCCAGUUUUGCAACUAUCCUCUUCCGAUCCCAUAUGCACUAUGCAAAUUGACGGCCAGUCCUAUGAUUGUCUCCUAGACACUGGGGCCACCUACUCCACCCUUACGAAUAGUCAUUUAGCACCGGGGGACGAGACCAGAACCGUAAUGGGGCUUGAUGGAAUCCCCCGAAAUUGCCCCCUUUCCGAACCCGCGAAGGUCUCCGUUGGACCUCUAUCGGUUAAACAUACCUUUCUACUAACUUCCAGUCCAGUUAACCUCCUGGGGAGGGAUCUGCUAUGUAAACUGAACGCUACUAUUCAAUGCGGCCAAGAAGGAAUUUACUUGCACAUGCCAAACGACUCCAUUUUCAACUUCCAAGGGGUUCUUCAAGAGGCUAACAACAAAAUCACUGACCUUCCUCCCGAGCUUCUUAAUAGUGUUCCCCCUUGGUUAUGGGGAACCGAAUCAACAUCCGUUGGACUCCUAAAGUCGGCAACCCCAGUAAAAGUUAACUACAGGAAGGACCUACCAUUCCCCUGUACAAAACAAUACCCCUUGCCUCCCGAAGCAAUCGAAGGACUAACCCCAAUGAUUGAUGAAUUUCUGAAGAUGGGAAUUCUAGUUCCCUGUGCCUCGCCGUGUAAUACCCCGCUUCUCCCUGUCAAGAAGCCUAAUACUAAGCCUGUCAAAUGGCGUCUCGUCCAAGACCUUCGACUCGUCAAUUCUUUUGUUAUCCCCAGACACGCUGUUGUAGCCAAUCCCCACCACCUUCUGAGCACGAUCCUGGAGGGAACUGUAGUUUACUCCGUCAUAGACCUAUGUUCCACCUUCUUUAGCAUUCCCGUGGACCCAGAAAGCCAAUUUCUCUUUGCCUUUACCUGGCAAACCGGUCAAUUAACGUGGACCCGGUUACCCCAGGGAUAUGUGGAGUCUCCGGCAAUCUUCUUUUCCAUAUUACACCAAGACUUAUUAGACGUGAACCUUCCGGGAGGCUCCGCCCUCAGGCUCUAUGUGGAUGACAUCUUACUUUGUGGGCGGGAUUUGGAAUCCUGUAAAUCAGACACUAUAGCCCUCCUGACAAUACUGGCACACAAGGGACACAAAGUAUCCCCCAAAAAGAUACAGUACUGCCAAAAGGAAGUGAAAUAUCUUGGCCACAUCCUUGGAGAAGGCACCCGUGCCCUCGCCACAGAUAGGAUUGAAGCCAUAACGAAGCUGCCCCUCCCUAAGACUAAGAGGCAGCUCAGGGGUUUCAUCGGGAUGAGUGGGUUUUGCCGAGCAUGGAUCCCCCGCUACGGAGAAUUCACUCGCCCCCUCACCGCAAUGACACAUGACAAUGCCCCAGACCACUUACAAUGGACUGCAGAGGCACUCGAAGCCUUUGAAUCUAUCAAACGGGAGCUGAGGUCUUCACCUGCCCUCGGACUCCCCGACUAUAGACUACCUUUCUCUUUAUUCGUUCAUGAAAAUAAAGGAGUAGCCUCGGGUGUCCUUACGCAACCUUUUCAGGGAAGAAACAGGCCCGUCGCUUACUACAGCCUUCAACUGGACACUACCAUAAUGGGGAAUGUGGGGUGCCUUAGAGCAGUGGCAGCUGCAGCACUACUCCUAGAAAAGGCGCAGGAGACCGUCUUGGGACAUGAACUAACCGUAAAUGUUCCCCAUGCUGUGGCCACCCUCCUCAGCUUGCAAGGAUGUCAGCGCUUCACGAUCCAAAGACUGAAUAAAUACGAAGCCAUCCUCCUCAGUCCGUCUAAUGUUACCAUAAAAAGAGUAAACUCCCUCAAUCCGGCAACCCUCCUACCCCUUCCUGACGAUGGUACCCCGCACCACGACUGUUCCCAGGUGGUCCGACACGCCGAAAAACCACGUGAGGACCUCGACUAUCUUCCCUUAAGUAACCCCGACCUUAUAUUGUACACCGACGGGAGCUCAAAAAUUGUGGGAGGGGAGCGGAAAAGCGGAUAUGCAGUUGUUAGCGACACUGACGUCCUGGAAGCGCGUCCUGUCCAUGCUAGGUUUAGCGCACAGGCUGCUGAACUUAUUGCCUUGAUCCGAGCCUGCGAAUUAGCAGCAGGACAGAGGGUCACUAUUUACACAGAUUCUAAAUAUUGCUUUGGGUUAGUUCAUGCCACCGGACAAAUCUGGCUACAGAGGGGUUUUCUGACCGCUGCAGGCACCCAAAUAGCCCACGCACCUCUAGUACAACGUCUUAUGGAUUCCAUACAUCUUCCCGAAGAAAUAGCAGUAGUCCAUUGUAAAGCCCAUACCAAGGGAAAAGACCCAGUAUCAAUGGGGAACCGCUGUGCUGACCGCGUGGCACAAGAAGCAGCCCUCCAACCACUGUCUGCAGAUGGUGAAUUCAAUGGACCCCAGGUUCCGUCGGACGUAGACUUUAACCUAAUGUAUAAAACCGCCACCCCAGAGGAAAUAAAGGGAUGGGAAGAGCAGGGAGCUCUCUUUCGCAACGGCAUAUGGUACCUCCCUGACAAGAGACUCAUAAUGCCCAGGCUUUGGGUUCCCAAACACAUAAGAAUCCUACAUCAGUGUACUCAUUGGGGAAGGGACAAGCUCGUAGAUUUUGUCCAACGCUGCUGGUACGCUCCAGGACUGGCUCUGGCCGCAAAAAGCAGCAGUAAAGAAUUGUCACACCUGUCAAACCUUUAAUCCAAAGCAUACUGCCAGAUGUCCACCAGGAGCCAGACCGUGGGCUUUUGUCCCCUUCGAAAGUCUCCAAGUCGACUUUAUAGAUUUACCCCCUUGUCAGGGCUACAAGCAUGCCCUUGUCAUUAUUGACCAAUUAACCGGAUGGGUAGAAUGUCUCCCGAUUUGCCGAGCUACUGCCCAAAUGGUCGCAAAGACUCUACUGCAUGAAAUAAUACCACGUUUUGGGGUUCCGAGACACAUAGACAGCGACAGGGGCUCACACUUCACUUCUGACGUAGUUCAGCAAGUCGCUAAAGCCCUAGGAAUCAAAUGGAGGUUGCAUACCCCAUACCACCCCCCUUCCUCAGGGCAAGUUGAACGAAUGAAUCAGCAGUUAAAGUCUCAGCUAGGAAAGCUCUGCAGGGACUCUGGAAUUAAGUGGGUCAAUGCCCUCCCCUUGGUCUUACACAAUCUCAGAGCAUGCCCCCGUGGGAAUCUGAACUUGUCUCCUUACGAACUACUUUUCAGAAGACCCUCCCCCGUAUAUAGCACGCAAUUUCCCCCAUCCGAACUAGAAGUAGGCGAGUCUGAAUUGACCAAAUAUAUAAUGCAGCUCCAGAAGCAACUCAUUGUUCUCCACAGAUAUGCAGCAGCGAGCCAGAACAUACCCCUCGACGAGAACAUCCAUCCGUUCCGACCAGGAGACUGGAUAUUGGCAAAGGCUUACCAGAAAGUACCCCUACAACCUACCUGGGAAGGACCUUACCAGGUCCUUCUCACAACCCCCACCUCCGUCAAAGUAGCGGAGAAGUCGGCCUGGCUGCAUCACACCCGCUGCAAACCUGCUUCACCACCUGAUCCUACCGACGACGACGCACCCUACUCCACUCCCCCACAACUGGCAGAGGACGCCGCCGACAUAGAGGUAACCCAACAGACCGGACCAGAUCGGGGCACGAAUCGGGCCCAACAGACCGGACCAGAUCGGGACACGAAUCGGGCCCAACAGACCGGACCAGAUCGGGGCGCGCAUCGAGCCCUACAGACCGGACCUGCUUCAACGUCAGCGCCGACCCAUUGGACCUCCGAAAUCAUCCCAACGACGGACCGCCAAGAGCACCCACCGAUCCACCUCCGACUCCGAAAGACAUCACAGCUCACCAUUUGACAGCUCGCCUUUGACAGCUCGCGUUUGACAGCUCGCCGUUUGACAGCUCGCCGUUUGACAGCUCGCCUUUGACAGCUCGCCGUUUGACAGCUCGCCGUUUGACAGCUCGCCUUUGACAGCUCGCCGUUUGACAGCUCGCCGUUUGACAGCUCGCGUCUGACAGCUUGCCUUUGACAGCUCACCUUUGACAGCUCGCCUUCCCUCAUCAUGCUUCCCAUAAAAUGCAUCAUGCCUGCUUUCUCCAUCCUCCUCAUGUUCCCCAUUCUUACCGCAACAUUCACUGCCAUGAACACACAUGCUUCAUGCCCAGGAAUACAAAUCGAACACCACUACCUGCAUUUCGGAAUUGUGGACAUGGUAAAAAAAGGAACCUUAGACCGCCUCGGAGACUUUGACUUCUGCAUACCAGAGACCCGUGUCCUCCUCCGCCAUUCCAUACUGCCUACCAUGACCACACACCAGACUUGGGAACUGUUUAUCCGCUCUUCAAAUUACACCCUACUCGGCAAGCUUAUACUCAGCAGAGAUGGUCCCUGGAACCGAGCCCGCUGUAUAAAUGGUUCCUAUACACUAUUCUCUGACGGUGUACCCCAACAACCACUGAACUGGACAAAUUUAGAUAAUGGUGGCGGCGAAUCAGUUUACACUGACCAUAAUCAUCCGACCAACCGUAUAAUCCACGGGUUUUACUGCCAGAGAGUAGACACUGCACCCCGCCCAACCACCCUACAAGGAGUUUGCCUCCGAAGGUACUGCUGUGUCUGGGACAUUGGCCUUGCUUCUACUUGGGACGGCAGAGCAUACCUUGAGGGAUUGUAUCACUCCACCACACCACCAACGCAGUGGGAUACCUCCGGGCCUCAAAGAUGUGGCGGUCUAGCUACAAAUCUCACCUACCUACUUCGACAAGACCCUCUCCACCCCACGGGUACAGCACCUCGACAAAGGGGGGAACUGUCUAUAUCUCAAACUCCAACCAAUAGCGACCUAUUGUCCACCUGGCAUUCCAACACCUAUGUGAAACUAGUCUCUGAAAUCGCAAAGCAAACUGCCACUGACAACUGCUGGAUCUGUGCCAACGCUCCUGCCCACCUCCACAGCGGUAUACCAUUCCUUGGAGUACCCCUCACCUUACAACAACAUCUUUCCGCUGAUGUACGGUCCUGGAACUUGACUGCUGUAAAUUUAACUCACCAGUACAUCUACCUCACUGGACCCACGAAAGGUGACCUCUGCCGGAAGUUUAGCGGCAACGACAGGAUGAUUGGAGAAAGUACUUGUAAGUACCUCAUUGAUAUUCCCCUAAUCGGUAGAAUCACUGUGUGGCGACAGGGCAUCCCCUCCACCCAUCCAGAUCUGUUGUCAGCCUGGAAACAAGUCAUGGAUUUACCUGACACUUGGGACCCCUCCCCCAGCUCCCACUGUUUUUUUCGUACCUUUCUCACGGGCUGUAUAGACUCCUGCCUACAAGGACUGUUUUGGGUGUGUGGUCACUGCGGCUAUGUAUGGGCUAGCCCCCACUCCCGAGGCACCUGCUACCUUGGACUUAUCUUGCCUGGGAUCAGGGUCACCCCAGACCUUCCCCUUGGGAGGAGGCGCAACAAGAGAGCUAAGGACCUGUCGGAACUCUCCGAUGUGUCAGCCAACGGGGAAACCUAUGGACGGGCCCUUUUCCCCGCCUACGGAGCAGGCUCCAACCACGUUGACAUCCUUAAACUAACAGACAUUUUAUUAACCUUUAUGGAGGAAUCCAACGCCGCAACCCAAUCCAUCUUAACAGAGCUGACUGAGGUCAGACACAUGGCGAUCCAGAACCGCCUUGCUUUGGACUAUAUUCUAGCUUCAACCGGAGGAGUAUGUGCACUUGUGGGAACCGAGUGCUGCACAUACGUCUCUGAUCAGACCCUGAACAUUACGGGUCAUCUCAACAAUAUCCACAAACUGACCGACGACCUUAGAAAUAUUCAACACGAAGGUCUGUCUGAUACCCAACUUUGGGGCUGGUUACCAGGCGCCACGUGGAUAAAACAGCUCCUCGGAAAUGGCCUCCUUAUUCUAAUCGCCGUAGCCAUUUGUGUCGCUUUCUUCUGCUGCGCCAUCCAUUGCUUUCCACUUUGCUGUCAAACGUGCGAAUACUGCGUCCCGUCUCUCCACUCCCGCACCACUGUUUCUCAGAGGAUGAUCCCGGCGGGAACCCCUUCGACUUUCAUCGAGAUGGGACCCCAAGGAGCCCAGCUCAACCCGGACCCUAGGUAUGGCAUGUCAGACUUUUAUUAAGCUUGUGCGGAGAAAAGGAUUGCACGGUGUCCACCUUCGUAAUCUUAUCUCCGAAGGGGGGAACUGUCGCCGGAAGACACCCCCCCUUCAUUACAUUGUAAUGCACAAGCACCACACACACCUCCCAUUUCCCCGAACCGGGCAAUGCCCCUUCUAGAGGGGCAUCACCUCAGCAGAUGAUAGCCUUCCGUAAAUAAGGAAGCGCUGAUUUCCUUUAAAGAACGCCUUUAUUUCUAUGUAUUUUCUUCUACGUCCCGCUCUGCCCUAUCUUUAUUGUGAGUAGACCGGGCGCCUGAACUCCAGGUCAGCCGGCAGCCGUUUCAGCCAAUCAGUGUUACCGAACAGCGCCCCUUGUGGCGGCCACGCUGGUACUGCAGGCAGCAGGCCCUCGCUUCUCUGUCUUUGACAGCUUCCUAAUACAAAGUUUCCGGGUUCAAUUGACCGUGACUGAUUUAAUCAAAAUGUUGCAACCACUUCCUGAGAGGUGAAAGUGCUUUGAACUUCAACGGCAGUAUUCUUCAUAAAUUCACCAUAAAUCAACCAUACGUCGGAUUUUCACCGGACCACUUUUAUUCUACUCCAUAUUACAAGGACUGUCAAAGGGGGGUGGCUUGUUGUCAGUCAGCCAUAAUCCCUUGACCGAGCAGGCACGUACUCUGCAGCCCUUCCCCAGUUGACUCAGCAACCUUGAUAGUCGUCUUGAUGGGCUCAGACGAAGGACUAUCAAAGACACAAUGAACUGCAUACACUAGUGUAUUCAGCAUGGACUAUGACAAAGGAACUGUGACCGGAGACCCCUCAGGGGGCAGGAAACUGCGCCUUUCCCUUUGUUUUCCGGAAAGGCUUAUGAUGAGGAAAGGAGGGGGACCCCCGCCAGGUGUCAGGAUACUCGGAUUACCUGUGCGACCCCUCCUCUGACUCCUCCUGUUCUUAAUGUAGUCAUGAUGUAAAUAUGAUGUAUUUCUAGGGGUGUAACUUAGGGGAUUAGGAGCUAAUAAAAGUUGGGGUCUUCUUUUGUUCGGGGCUUCCAUCUUGCUUCACCUCGUGGGCGGUGGGAGUCCUGUCGCGACAGUCCUUUUCUUCAAUAAAGACCAAGCCUACUGGCUGCUGAUUUGCUUCC